GGUUGCACACGGGAUUGCGGAACAACAUAUUAAACAUACGUUUUCAAUGUAGGCCCUAAAACACUUUUGUUGCUGGACAAAACCAGUUUCAAGUUUCAGAUUGUUUAUUAUAUUCUGCUGUAUUUUUUCCUUUUUGGCUCACCAUUUGGCAUGUUCCGCAACCUUUAGAUCGUUUUUUUUUUCUUUUUCUCUAAUCACUGUUAUUCCCCCCCCCCCUUUGAAAGUACACCAGUAUAUAAGGUUAGCCAUCGAUUUGAGUUAGUCAGCAGCAGUCUCUCCUCUGCACAGCGUUUGACUCCCAAUUUUACGAAACUAAGAUGAAAUCCAUUGUCGCCUGUCUUUUGGUUUUGGCUGUUUCCGUCCAUUCCCAAUGGCCGAACAACUUCGGGUACGGUCUCAAUCCUGCUGGAUUCUUUGGCGGAUUCAACGGCCUCUACCCGGGUUACGCCGGAUUCCCGACCGGACCUUUUUACGGACAUCCAGGACGAUUCGUCAACUACCCAGCUGCAUCUCUGCCUGCCAAUGACGCCUUCGGCAACCAAGUCGGAGGCUAUGGUCAAGUGCAGGACACGCCGGAAGUGGCCCAGGCCAAAGCGGCUCACUUUGCCGCCCAUGACGCCGCCAGGGCCCGUCUCUUUACUCCCGUCGUAGGGGCUCCUGUUGCUGUUCCCCUCGUCGCUGAUGUUGCUGUGGCUCCCACUCUGGCUAUGGAAACUGCUGCUUCUUCGCUGGUAGAAACUGUUGCCACUCCAGUGAUUGAAACCGUUUCCGCUCCGGUCGUCGAAGCUGAUGUGGCCGCUCCGGUCGAGCAGUCUGUCGCUGUUGCCACUCCCAUCAUGUCCCGCAAAAAGCGACAGAUUCAGUUGGCUCCUCAGCAAGUCAACUCAUCUCCUUUCGGUUACAACUAUGCUUCUCCUUUCGCUUAUUACAAUCACUACGCUGGCUCUCCUUUUGCUUACUCCAACUUUGGCACACCUUUCGGCUACAACUAUGGCGCUCCUUUCGGCUAUCACUUUGGAAACCCUUUCACCUAUAACGGCCAAUAUUAUCCCACGGCUUAUAAUAACUUUGCUGCUGCUGCUGCUGUUGAGGCGCCGGUUGUUGUCGCCUCUCCUGCUGUCGCCGAAACCAACGCAGACAGAGUCGUCGCCACAUCUGACGCAACAGCAAUCGUCGCAAUAGCCUAAUGUUUCGACAAAUUGUUACGGUUAUACGCAGGCUUUGUAUACCUUACAUUAUCCAUUCCUGAUUCUUUCUUUUUUUCAUCUGUACAAUAGUUGUCGCCAUUUUUCGCUGCCAAAGUUAAUGAAAUACAAUCGUGUGAGUCAAA